ACGAGUCUAAUGACGUGUCUUUUGUCUGGUGUGCUAUUGAAUACACAUCUGCACGUGCCACUUACUUUAUCUCAUUCCCAAAUGAUCACCUGGUAUAUCAUACCAGAUACUUAGCGGCGCAACAUGUCCAAGGGGGGCCUGGACAACUUUCAUCGGGCCAACUAUCUGUACCAGCUGGCAUGGGCUUCAAUGCGCGUCCGGCCCGACCGGCGUGCUACAUCACACCACUUCUCACACAUGCUCAUAGAGUUCGCCCAGAAAGCUGUGCUGCGGAUGGACAGAGAGAUGAAGCGGACCGUGUGCUCUGCGUGCCACGUGCUGCUCGUGCCGGGUACCACGUGCACGGUGCGCACGCGCAGCCGACCACAGCGCUGUCAGGUGUGGCGGUGCAGCGCCUGCGGCCAGUGUCGCCGCUUCCCCGCGCCCCGACCCCCUGACCGGCGCCGCGGAGGGCACGGCGAGGGGGUGACGAAGAACAGCGCAGCGACGGAGGAGGUGCAGCGUGAACAGAUGGACCGAGGAGAGGGUGGACCGAGUGGAAAACAGGCCACGGGACCGUGUGGAAAUCAGGCCACAGGACCGAGCGGAAAACAGGCCACAGAACCGAGUGGAAACCAGGCCACAGGACCGAGUGGAAACCAGGUCACAGGACCGUGUGGAAACCAGGCCACGGGACCGUGUGGAAAGGAGAGCGCUGGUCCGAGAGGAGAGCAGUCUUCUGGACCGAGUGAAAAGCAGAAUACUGGUCUGAAUGGAAAGCAGAGUACUGGUCCGAAUGGAAAGCAGGGCGCUGGUCCGAGAGGAGCUUUUCCCGCUGGUCCGAGAGGAGCUUUUCCUGCCGGUCCGAGAGGAGCUUUUCCCGCUGGUCCGAGUGGGGCUUUUCCCGCUGGUCCGAGAGGAGCUUUUCCCGCCGGUCCGAGAGGGAAUUGGAACGCCGGUCAUACAGGAAGUUGGAACGCCGGCCCGAGAGGGUAUGGGAACGUCUGUCCGAGAGGGAAUUGGAACGCCGGUCCUACAGGAAGUUGGAACGCCGGCCCGAGAGGGUACGGGAACGCCGGUCCGAGAAGAGGUUGGAACGGAGCUCCCAGUGGAGGGAGGACUGCCGGUCCGACCUGGAAAGCAGGACAGUCGUGGAGACCGGCCGGCCCGAGCAAAUGAUGGGUGAUGUACCGAGGAGAGCUAGUCUGGCUUUGGUAUCGCGAGCUUUCACCCGCUGAUUGGUGUCGUCUUUUGAUCAAAUUAUUUUUUGGUGCCUCGAAAAUCGAGUCACAUAUGAACUGUCCGUUCACUUUUUAUUAUUUAGUUUCGGUAGUGUGAUCUUAACUAACAUUGAGCCAAAUAAUCCAUGUUAAGAAUCUUAAAUGACUAUUGACUAGCAUUCAGAUAUAUAAAUUAUUUAAUGACUCGUAAUGAACUGUGCCUCAAGCGGUACUAGCGUUGUUCAAUGAUCUUGUGUUUGUUACCUGUUGUCAUGCGUUCAUAUAAAAUCUGUCAAUGAAA